GUUGGAAUACAGAACGAAGGCGCGGGCAAAAAAAUCUAUCGGUCUUCUUCACUCUCUCUCCGUCGAGCCUCGCUGCUUUCGAGCCGGCGAAGACGAUGCAGACGAUGAAUUCGCUCCUUUGCUCUUCCACCGCCUUAUCCCCGCCGCCGGCGACGGCGGCGGCGGCGGCGGCGCAAUCCUUCUUCCCCCUCGGUCCGAGCCGCGCCGCUCAUGUUCGGAACCGCCUCCACCAAGCGGCCGCGCCACCCGCUCGCGUUCGGUUGUCGCCGCGGCGCUCGCGAGUCCAGCCGCCGCAAGUUGCCUCUCCUCUGCAGAGCACCGUUAUCCAGGAGACAGUUGAAACUAGUACAACUGAAUCAGGACUUGUUGAAAUUGGGUAUAUAUCAAGUGUUCAUGGGUUGCAAGGGGAGGUCUGCAUCAAAUCCACCACUGACUUCCCUGAACUGCGAUUUUCUAGGACUGGGAAAAGAUGGUUGAAGCAACAGGUUUUAGGCAGGGAGACAAUUCAAGAAGUGGAGUUGGUAGAGGGAAGAGGACACCCUGGGCAGAAAGGUUGGAUGCUCAAAUUUGAAGGUAUCGAUGAUGUUGACCAGGCUAAGAAACUUGUCGGUGCAGCAUUACUUGUAAGGGAAGAAGAUAGACCAGAGCUUGAAGAAGGCGAAUUCUAUACUCGUGAUCUUGUUGGCAUGAGAGUUCUUCUCAAGGAAUCUGGUGAACCUAUUGGAACAGUUGUUAAUGUCUACAACAGUGGAGCAAAUGAUCUUUUGUAUGUCAUGCUUGAUAGUUCCACACGUAGUUCUGACCAUGUGGGAAAGUCAAAGCCAACGGAAACUGGUGCCACCAAUCACUUUGUUUGGGUGCCAUUCGUCGAAGCAAUUGUUCCACAUGUUGACAUGGAUAGAGGAGAAAUGAUGAUUGCACCUCCAAAAGGACUGCUCGAGUUAAAUCUGCGCUCUCACGAUAAGUCCAAGAAGGAAAGGCGCCAACUUGAAUGGAAAGAGAGGAAAAAGUUCCAAAAACGCCUCAUAGCAGCAAAAAAGAAGCUAUGUGAACUGGGGCAACAACAUGUGUUUCAUGGGUUUAGAUAUGGUGAUAAAACCCAUACAAGCUUACUUUCAGAUCAGAUUAUUGGCGUAAACUCUAAAUUGCUUCAACAGGCUUUGCAAAGUAUAGACCUAUCCUCUCAAAGAUGGAGUGAUGAUGCUACAAGAACCGGCAUUUAUGAUGCUCUGACAACAUCAGAAAACUACCUCACUCCUUUGGCUAGGAUGGAUAAACAGUGUGUGAAUUCCGUUUUUGAAGAGAAGGGGAUUCAUCUGAUCUCGAAGGGUAAAGUUGCCACUGUAUUGGUUGUGACUGAUAGUGCUGAGGAGGCCUCUAACCCUGCUGUAUUGUCUGAGUCUCUUAUUCAGACAUUAGAGUGUACUAAUCAGAAGCUAGUGAAGGUAGAAGACCGUGCGUCUAUGCCUCUACUGAUUAUCUGCCCGGCUGGUGAAAUCCCAUCUUUCCAAGCACUGUUCUCGGAAAAUGAUCAUUUUGGAUUUGACUCUGAGAAGAUUUGGUUUUUCGAAGAACAGAUGCUGCCAGUGGUUAGCUGUCCAGAUGAACAGAAAAGUCAUAAGAUUCUGAUGAAAUCUCCUUGGGAGAUGCUCCAAUCGCCAAUAGGAUCUGGAGGAAUUAUAAGUGUGAUUUCAUCAGAGGGUAUUGCUGAUAAUCUUGGUGAAAUUGGUGUGGAUUAUAUUCAGAUUUGCAGCCCAAAUCGGCGAUUUCUCGAUACAAGGACACUGCUUCUUGGGUAUGUUCAUUCAAGGGAAGCAGACAUGGGCAUUCAGGUCUUAGAAGAUGAACUAUUCUCCGAGGAAAGUCCCGACAUGAUACUUUCCAUGAGUUUCUUGAAGAAGUUGAUGACCGAGACGGACAAACUUCAGUUCAAAGCCACGUCGAAGCCAAACGCACACGUCGAGCUGGUCGACAAAGAGUGGGUGGACGUCGUCCCUUCCUCUCCCAACUCAUGUGAGAUCCGUUGUUCCCUUCUAUUUAGUUGUCUGAAUAUAUGUUCCUUAGAUAAGGUUUGCUUACUGGAGAUCCCCGAGUAACUUGAUACAAUGAUCAAAAUGUAUUAUAACCGAGUUACCAUAGAAGAGGUUACGCAGGAAAUUCUCCAUUUUCCUGCUUUUUCUUGUCAUAUCUUAUAGACCAGUUAAAUCAAUUA